UGAUGACACAAUCAUGGCGGCUCCUUCGAAGUGGGCAUGAUGCCGAAAUGAGCAUAAUAACCGUGCAAAUUGGUCAGUGUGGUAACCAGCUCGGCUUUGAGUUCUUUAAUGUGCUUUCUCAAGACAUCAGACGUGCAGAGAGUGCCGAAUGUUAUAAUGGAUACAGCCAGAAGUACUGCCAACAGUCGAACGAAAGGUUCUUCACAAGUGACUCCAAGGACGGACUGGUAGCUAGCGCCGUGUUGAUCGAUACAGAGAAAAAGGUCGUGGGCAAAGCACUGGUUGAUGCCUGCCGGAGCAAUCAAUGGCACUACGCGAAGGACUCGUGCUACACUCAUCAGCAAGGAGCCGGAAACAACUGGGCCUCUGGCUACAUCGAACAUGCCGAGAGAGGCCUGGACAGCAUCAUGGAGCUGAUACGACGCCGCGUGGAGAGAUGUGACUGGCUAGACGGUUUUCUCCCCCUAAUGUCGCUCGGUGGCGGAACUGGCAGUGGGCUUGGCACCAAGGUUACAGAGGCUCUCAGUCAAGACUACCCAAACACCCCACUCGUAAACAUUGUGGUGCGGCCAUUCAGCUCGGGGGAGGUGGCCGUGCAGGCUUACAACGCAGUGCUGUCACUGUCCCACCUGCAAGAUUCCUCUGACGCUCUCAUUGUCCUAAACAACGACGGACUGCAUCACGUGGCUAGCAAGCGCUGGGCCGUGAAGAACGCGUCGCUCUCUCACCUCAACAUUGUGGCCGCUCAACAGCUUGCCUGCCUGCUUCAACCCAGCAAAACGGCCGAGGGCUUGCCCACCCGAAUCGGUGAUGUUCCUGUGGAGCUGGGCUGCCACUCCCAGCUGCGCUUGGUGACGCUGCUCCAGGUCCCCCAGGAGCCGCCGCACGUGGCACCCUUCAGCUGCGCCACCUGGCCAGGCCUGGUGCGCUCUUUGCACAAGAUGCGCCUCUGCCGAAGCAGCACUGACGAAGCCAUGGGCGCCGAAGGGAGGCCCCUGAGGAGCGUGGCCGCCCUCUCGGUGGCCCGCGGAGACGGCCUUUCGUCUUCCGGGGCCCCGGUGCCCGGCGAAGCCCUCUUCGGCGCCCCCUCGCCGGCCUCCUGGACGUGCCCCCGCCGCUUCCUGGGCCGGGGCAGGACGCUGUUGCUGGCAGACAACCACCAAGGCUGCCUGUCCUUCCUGGAGCCCCUGCUGAGCCGGGCCUGGGGCCGCUUCACGGAAGGCGCCUUCCUGCACCACUACACGCGCCACGGACUGCAGGUCGAGGACCUGGCCGACGCCUUUGUGCGCCUGGAGCAGACGCUCGAGGCCUACAGGCAGCUCUCGGGCUCCUAGCGGCAGGCGGCGCCUCCGAGGUGCGUGGAACGCGUCUUCGACUUGCUCCGACUGGUGCUCCUUCUGUCGCUUGUAAUGGCUUGGUUUCCGCCCGACGAUGUUGCGGCGGAGUUCGAUGCGGCAGAUGGGAACCAAAGCAGACGCGAGAUGGGACGGCUCGAUGACGGCGACUUGAGACGGCGCGACAGGCUGGCCCCAGUGACGUCGUCCGUUGCCACUUCGGGACCACUUUUGAUGCGUGGGUGGAAUGGCACGCUAACCGAUCGAAGACACGUUCCAGCCACCAGAGCACAACAUCGUCGGUGUCUUUGUGCAACUAGGAAAGCUCAACCGGCGAGAGAUGCGAACUGGGCAAAAGCUGUCGGGGUACCAGUUGUCGGUGGUCCGCUCGUAGUCGAACACGCUGGUAAGUCGGCUCGGCGAAGCAAAGCGAGCAGUGCAACGAACUCGGGAACUGGAGGUGGGAGACAGCUUGCUGGUUCGAGGUGUCAUCUGUAAUUGGAAGUGAUGAUAUUCAUUGUGCGUCGAGAUAGAAACGCCGAGAAAUGCUCCACUUUCCCUAUACAGGGUGUUUUGUGAAACGUGGGCCAAAUCACUCCCACAAAAAGCGUAUGCAUCGCACAGAAAGAAAGUUAAUGUCCUUUUAUUGUCUGCCAAAGGGCCUAUUUAGAAAAAUCUAAAAUAUUUGGUAGAAUUUCUGUUUUAAUUACUUUCGAGUCAUUAAAUUUUUAAGUAUAAAUUCCUGAGAAACACCAAAAUCGGCGCACUUUACAUAUAUGUAACUUGUGCGCAGUAAUUUGUGGCAUUCUGGAAAAAAUGUUCAAUCUGGACGUGGUUUUGGUUCCUUGUCAAGAUACAUCUCCACGCCAGCGGUCCUGCUCCCUCGGCAAAGAGCCCAACUAACGUGCGACACCGCGCUUUUUUCGCAUGACGGAGAUGAACCCAAGAAUAAAGCUUAUUCUUGCAAUGUCAUUCAAACGGCACAUUGUCUCGUUACGCCGGCAAGCGUCACACUUCAUUCUUCCCUACGAAGAAGACGAGUUGGUGCUUGCAUACUUUGUCCAUGGGACCAGGACUGCUGGCACGGAGGCGUGCUCCAAUAGAAAAUUGAGUGUUUUUUUGGAAUGCCGUAAAGUGCUGCACGUGCCUGAUUUUUUUGUAAAGUGCAAUGAUUCGGUAUUUUUCGACAAUGCCCAGAAAGUUUCAAAUUGAGACUAUGCCUUCAAAUUUACUAAUAAAAAGUUAAUUACUCGAGAGUAAUUAAGAACCUAAUGAUACUGAACGGUGAUAAUUUUUCUGAAUAGGCUCUUUGACCGAGACCGAUAUGACAUCAACCUUUUUUCUUGGCGAUGCAUACUUUUUGCAGUCGCAAUUUGGCCUACGGACAAGCAAUUUGACUACCUCGGUUUGUUGAGCAACACGAGUUGGGGACUGAUCUUGUGUAUGUACGGUAUCCCUCCAAGUGAAACCAAACCAGUGCCUCAUUAUAUGCAAUUUUAUUUAGAGAACUAUUAUUUUCUUGCCAUAUUAAUUUUAAAAGCAUCAGUAAGGUAAAGGGUAUAAAUAGUGCAGUACCUACAUUGACAUACAUUGUGUUCUGUAAAAUUGCAAACUGUUAUUUUCUCGUAAUGAAUUUCGGAACGAUUUGUGAUGGCGAGUCUUUACACGAAGUGUGAUGUGAAAUGCUAUGUAUAGUUUUCUGCAAACAUGUAGACGAUUCACUGUAGGCAAUACUGAAUGUGCCAUAGGGUGAUUUUGAUAUAUUAUUUGUGAGUGAAAAUAUGCCAAGGUGUAUAGGCCUUAUCCCAGUUCAUUUUCUUGAAAAGUUUACUAAGGCAGGGGUGGAACGGCUGCGCCAUCUGCGCCAUCUUGCGCCAGACGCAUUUGUCUAUGCCAUCCUGUGCCAUGUUGCGAACACUGCGCCACAGCCAAUAAAUACCUCGCGCCAUUAUGCACCAAAUUGCGAAACAUGCACCAAAAAAAUUGUAUUUUGUCUUGGUUUUGGUUUCUAUCAACUUGAUUGGCAACAAUGAGUGCAUUUAGCUUGGUCGGCCUUGCAAUCCUAUGUUCUCUUUAUUUUCCCUGUGUAUUCCGAGUCGAAAGUGCGCGAAAAAAACUCGGGAGUUGGAUUCCAAGCGCUACACCACCUGCGUAAAACAUCAUUCGCUCAUGUGAUAUGGACCCACCACCUGCGACUGGAUCGUUAUUCUUCAACCAUCAGCAGUUAAGCAUGUCGGCCGAGGUGAGGCCCGGGAUCCGGACGUCAGCCAGUUGAAAACAAAUGAGCAAAAGAUUCCUUUUAGUGCUUCAUCGUUAGAAGUUGGAACCACAUUCCCUCAACAUAAAUCGUGAUUUGAUAGAACUAAACACAGUUCGAUCUGAAACCUUGCCGGCGAGCAGCUCUCACACGAGCGGUAAAUCUGCUCGGCGUACUUUAACCUGGGUCCUGCUUAUCGCUUAGAAUACGAUAACUCCGUUAAUCGUUGUUUGUUGCUUCGAUAUUGAGUGGCACAAUAGGAUAAACUCGAAAUUUGUUGCCCUGUUCCUCCGCGCAACUGCACGUCCGUUGCUUACGCACGUCACAUGGCUUGCACACAUAAUUACCAUGUCGAGCACGUGUGGGUUGUGCUAUAAGCAGUGCUGUUUUGCAUUUUUAGCAGCUAAAAGCCACUCAGAAAAUUUCAAGGACACUAUUUUCAGAAACAUAUGAUACUUGCUUUUUGGUUCUCAUUAAGGCUCACAAAGUUUCAAGUUUUCGCAUCUGUUAUACUGUUAUCCCAUCUACCUAGGUCCCUAACCACUCGUGUUCAUCUUUGCUGCUAAACACCAUUGAAAUUGCUCCCGUGCUUGUCUAAGACACAAGCUGAAGUGCAAUGAAAACUGAUCUGAGCUGCUCCUAGCCCUGCUCCAGAAUGUAGUUUUAGCUGCUCCCAACCUGCUCCAAAACAGCUGUACAUUUCACGAGUUCCACCCCUGCUAAGGUUAUGUUUAUGAUCUCUCACCUUUGUAGAAAACAGUGGCACGCCAUAUCACCUUCUGAUUAACUCUGUGACAAUCCUCACUGUACAUGUAUGGCGGCAAUAUACAUUUGAAAGUACCUAACAUGCGAAAGUGUGCACCAUGGGAGGUGUUUCCAUUUGGCAUGUUAAGACUGCUGACCGGGCGAGUUGGUGGCUCAUGUUAUUUAAUGUUACAGCGCACCAAAAAAAAAACAAAAAAACACAGGCACACUAACAGAGCGCUGAGAGAUUCUGUUAUUUUUAAUGUGACUGUGUCCAUGAGCAUUUUCUUUUUUGUGCGCUGUAACAUUAAAUAACAUUCGGCACAUCUUUGGCGAACUAUAAACUUUAUAUUCGCACUGUGUUUAGCUUUGCUGGGGUUAUUUAUAGUGUUGAAACCAGGCGCUUUGCUCAGGUGACACGCACAGCCACGUCCCUUGUUCUGGAGCGCCAGUUCCUCCAAUUCAGACCUUUAAAGGGAUGCUGAACCGAAAUCUGGAUUCCACAAAACACGGCGGCAAAAGCGUGCAACGGGAUGCUAUAAACACCAAAACAUCGCUCAUACAGCGAUAUCUCCGAAUGGAUGACCAUGUUUUCUAAAAAAAAGGAGGCACAUUUGACAGAUAUGUUGACGUCUUGUUUCUCCGAGAAGGAGAGGGAACGGCCUCGCGUCUUCUCCGCCUCGCCGCCUUGAAGGUGCGAAGCAGAGAGAGGAGGAAAUGAGAUAUGUUGACGUCGUUCAAUCUCAACCUCUUUUUCCAAAAAUACGGCCAUCCAUUCGAGAUAUUGCCUUAUGAGUAGUGUUGUAGGGAUUGUAGCAUCCACCCUAUAGCUCCUGCAUUGUUUUCUGAAAUCCAAAUUUCGGUUCACCAUCCCUUCAACGUUUCUCAAAGUUGAACUCGGAGGAUGAGAGCUUAUUAUUUUGAUAGAGAAGCUCUUUAAAGUAGCUCCAGUUUUAAACCUGAAACCACCGAAUUGCCGCGGAAACGGACGGUGCGUCCGCUUCCGCGACAACUCGAUGGUUUUAGAUAUAAAACCGGAGACACUUUACAGAGCUUCUCUACCGAACGGUGUUCCUUCUAGAUCGGGGGUCUCCAAGCACCGGCCCAAGGGCCAAAUCCGGCCUGCUGAAGUCUUUUGACUGGCUUAUAUCUGCCCGCGGCCCGAUUCCAGGAAGUCCGCAGCUAGCAGCACAAAAGCGUGCGCAAAGAGACGGCACCGCAACCUAAACAAAAAUUUAAAAAAAACUAGGAAAGAACUGCCUAUCGUAACGCUUCUCCUCUCAUCAUAUUAUUCAUUGAACAUUGUCAUCGCCAUUUUUAGUUCCCGGUGUUUGUGUAACUUCGUAAUAUAUCUGCGUAACCACAUUUGUUCAAAUUCCUUCGCGUUCCCAUGUACAUAUUGUGCUUAGAGUCCUUUGUCGUAGCUAUUGCAUAUUGUCAGCAUCACUUCUCUCAUUCUCACUAGUCUUCUGCCCUGUGUCAACAUGCCGAAGUUCCUAUGCGCUUUGAUUUAUGCCUAGUGGGUUUCCUGGUUCCCAAUUAUUGUGUUAUAGUAAUUAUCUAAAUCAGUGGUCCUCAAAUGAGGGUCCACGGACCCUUUGGGGAUCGCGAAGGCAUUCAGGGGUCCUCGAUGCCCUACCUCAUCUCUCAAGCCCAGCAGGAAAAGUUGUAUUUUUUCAGAUUGAGAAAAAACAUUCUAAAUUUUUGAGCGA